UAGUUGUACCUCAAUGAAAAAUUCCGUGCCACAACAGAAUUGCAUGAGAAAUACUACCUCCGACUAGUACAAAUGCAUUUAAAUCCGUUCUGAAAAGUUAACCAAUUUGCCACUGUUCAGACUCAACCAAUCAAAAUACGCCACGUAGCCAUACAACCAUACAGUGAACUCCACCAGAAGGCACCCGCAUCUCUCUCUUCUCCCUCUACUUGUUCCCGAAUCAAAGAUCUGCAACUCUCUCUCUCUCUCUCUCUCUCUCUCUCAUGAUUUUUCCCUCGGCGUUGCCAUGACGGAACCAACAGAGCCAUCCACGUCAUCUUCAUUGGCGAGGGACCCAACCACCGUGGUUCACCCAAGGCGCGAGCCCUUCGAGCACGGCCUCUUGCCAAUCCCGCGCCUCAUCUUCUCCGACCCGGCGCAAACCCUAAUUCCGUUGAAGCAGAAGCUUCUCGAGUUAUCCUCCAACCAGCGAGUCGACUUGGCGGCAAUCUCCGAGUCACUGCAGAUCUCCAUUGAGCACGCCAGGCUCGUCCUCGAUACCCUCGCCUCGAUUCUGCACUCCGACUCCGAACCUCUCGUCGUCGCCAAUCUCGUCGAAAUCGAUUCCGUCGGCGUCGACGUCCAUGAUUUGGUUUUGUUCCUCUACAUUCAAUCCUACAAGAGGCUCCUCCCGCGCACGCAUAAGGACUCCGCCGCCGUCACCGACGUCUGGCCUUCCACCUCCGCCUUCGAUGGCUACUUGUCCGCUCUCUCGCCGCUUCAGCUCGUACGCAGCAACAGUCGGCGGUUUAUGCCGUCCCAGGCUGAUGAAGAGGCGCAUCAGUUGUCGUAUCUGCAAAAGCACUUGGCUAACAUUGUGUCUCUUCUAGCAGAGCCUGUGGAGGGAGAAGGCGAUGAGUCCCUGGUUUUAACCAUGGAUAGAUUUGAGCAUCUUGGGUUCCUAAUUCAGUUUGGUGAUAAGGGAUCAGAAGGAAAUUCGUUUAGUCAAUGUUCUCCUUUUUUUGCAAACUCAGACCCUGACAUGCCUGCUGUUCCUGUUCCUGCCGCACAAGUUCAUGAUUGGCUUCUGCAAAAUGUAGCGGCUGCUUUGGAAUAUAUUUCUGAACGGACUUCUUCAAAGGAAAAUGGCCCAGCUAGUGCCUCUGAUCAGGAUGUUGCCAUGACUGAUGCAAGCACUGUCUCAGUUAAGGUCUCAACAGGUACUAGAGGGGCAAGUUUCAUUGAAGGGAUCUCUAAAUCGUCAUAUGCGAAGCAUGCAUCUGACAUUAAAGGUUCCUCUGUUAAGGUUCUAAAUUGCCACGAAUCUGCCAUCUACAUCUUAGCACCAUUGAGAUAUGCCACUGUCUAUGGAUGCUCAGAUGCAACAAUAGUUCUAGGAGCAGUUGGCAAGGCUGUGAGAGUAGAACACUGUGAACGAGUUCAUGUAAUUGUAGCAGCAAAACGUAUUUGUAUUGCUAAUUGCCGUGAAUGUGUUUUCUUUUUGGGGGUGAAUCAGCAACCACUUAUUGUUGGUGAUAACCAUAAGCUGCAGGUGGCUCCCUAUAAUACAUUUUAUGCCCAAUUGGAGGAGCAUAUGAGUGAAGUUGGAAUUGUGCCCACAGUGAACCGAUGGAAUGAACCUCUAGCAUUAGGCAUGGUUGAUCCCCAUGAUUCAUUAUCUCAUCCAGCUGGUGUCUCUGAUGUUCAAGCUGAGUCUGCUACACUGGUGGACCCUGAUCAGUUCACUAAUUUUGUGAUUCCAAGCUGGCUUGUAGAAGAGUCCACUGGGUCUACAAAAGACAAUCCAUUCACGUUACCAGAUGCGUAUAUGGCAUCUCAGCAUAAAAAUCACAAAAAUUUAGAGGAGAUAAGGCAACUCUUACGAGAAGCAUCUUUAGAAGAAAGUCGCAAACGAGAAUUGUCAUCUGCGCUCCAUGUCUACUUCAAGGACUGGUUAUAUGCUUCGGGAAACAUUCGUCAGCUUUACUGUCUACAAGGUGAUUGAUCUUUGUCAGGCAAUGCAAUGGCUCAGUGAAUGAUGGUACAGGAACGAGGUUUCUGGCUUCCUUUUUGAACUUCCUCUUCAAUUCCUCUCGACAAUUCUAUUGGCCGCAUAGGUAGCUGAGAUCAUUAUCAGAUGACGUGAAUUAGAGUGCCCACAUAUUUAUGCCGUGACAUCACCGGUGCACAGAAUCCAAUGAAAAAUACAGUUGCUAAUCUGAUUGUAAUAUUUUUUUGUGAAAAUAAUUACUGUAAUGUAGUAGUAUUUUGUUAGCCUAAAUUAAUGGUCUUUGUGAAAAAUUCCAGCUGCCAGCAUCUGGUGUACUGCUUUUCAUGUCUUCCAACUUCGAGUUGUUCCAUUUAAUUAAACUUCCCGAGUGUCUGUUGGGUCCUCUCGCUUUGCGAAUUUACCUUGUAGCAUUCUGAAUGAGAAGUAAUGAGCGAGAAUGGGUUGGAGAUU